AUGCCGAAAAUGCUCUCGCGACACGUGGGUGCCGCCAUCGCCGCGAAAAUGAACGAACGCGCAAAAAGGGACGAUGAAAGGAAAAAGGAGGACAAGGAGGAAAGAAACGAAGAAGAAGAAGAAGAGAGCGAAGAGGGGGAGUUUUUUAAGCGAAGAAGAAGACAAUCGUCGAUGCAUGCGGCGUCGUCGAGAGAGGAUGAAAAAGAUACAGCAGCGCAGACGAUGAUUCGAGUGAAAGAUCACAAACGACCCGGGAUGAUGCGGACGGUGACGUUCUUUAGCGGGAAGAGCGGCGGAGCGAAGACGGCAAAUCCGGCGGCGAAAGCAGACGGAGAAGAAGAACUAGAGGGAGAAGAGGAAGAAGACGAGUAUCAAGUGGCUUUAGAUCGAAAGGAGGAGCUGGACGUGUUGAUGGAGGAUUCGUUCGACGUUUUGUUAGGCGAAACCAACGACGAUGGUGCGAAGGAAAGUCAAACGUACCUGAGAAGAACGAGAACGCACGCCGCCGCGACGACGACGACGACGAGGAAUGUCACGAAGACUUCCUCCGAAGAUAAAUACAGGAAGGAAUUUCAACGAAGUAAAACUCUCGUGCAUCGACGAACGCCACUUGAUAUCGUGGACUCGUUUGUCGAUGACGGCUACGAAUACGGAAAGAAAUCGAUGAUGAAACGAACGCAAACGAGGGGAGCGAGUCGGUACGAGUUGCCGAACCCAGAGAACACGUGGUAUCCAACCUUAGAUAUCGUCAACAAAGUGUUUAAGAAAAUUUUAAACGCAGUCGCAAAGAAGUUGACAAAACAGGACACGAAAUUAGGGAAAUACGCGAGCGGUGUGAGGAAGAAACAGGUCAAAUGGACGAUGGAGGUUGCGAAAAUUGAGCCCAAACGAAGGCACGACGACGCGGACAUAAGAAUGGACGAUCGGAACUGGGUGCGAGGCUCGAGAUUUUUUGAGUUUUCGCAGACGAGAUUCUUUACGACUUGGAUCGCGACGAUGGUUUUUCUCUACGUCAUCUCGGAAGGUAUCGAUAAUUGGGUCGGGGUUGCGACGGUGAACCAGAUUGGCGGGUGGCGCUUGGCGUUUUUCAACGCGGUACAGCUCAUCAUCAACAUAACGUUUCUGAUUGAAACGAUCGUUAAAAUCGGUGGUGCCGGGCCGGUGGUUCGUAUUACGCACAAAGAAAUAGUUUACAACCACGAGUUCGAAGAGGAGACGGAGAAAAUAGAGGAGACGUACCGAUUAGCAAAAUGGGAACCGUGGUCGUAUUUCUUAAACUUGAGCAACAUCUACGAUUUCUUGGUUAACGUUUUAAUCAUUUACGGUUAUUGCGUAGACGCUUUGCCGGGCGUUGACGACGGAUGGUUGAGUCCCGGGAGAAUCACCGCGUUUCGAUUGUUGCGAAUGAUUCGCGUGUUGAAGUUUUUCUACUCGUUUCGAACAUUUUCGGUGAUUCUAUCCGGUAUCGCCGCCGGGAUCAAAGGUAUGGGGUGGGUGGUUAUUUUACUUCUCGUCGUCAUGUACGUGUACGCUGUGUUAGGCGCCACCUUAUUUUCAGAGACCGACCCGAUGCACUUUCGAGAUUUAGGGAUUUCGUUUCUGACUGCCGCAAACGUAGCCACAAUGAACGAUUGGCGGACAUAUUUGAUGACGACCAUGUACGGAUGCGAACACUUCGGAUACACCGAGGAUGAUUACAUGGAGUACUGCCCGUAUGUGUUAGAUGACGACGGGGAAACGAAAAUCUACGCCGAGGGGCAACCAAUCGUUGCCGGCAUGUAUUUUCUGUCCAUGAUCUUAAUCGUUGGUAACAUCAUGAUGUCCUUAGUUAUUGGUAUCAUUACCGCGAAAAUGGACGAAGCGAACGAACACGUCGAUCAGUUGAGAAACGAAGAGAAGAAAGAAUUCACCUCGAGAACGAUCGGGGCUGUCUGGAAAUCGCGCAAAUCGUUAGACGAUAGUUUAUCACUCGUACACUACAACAAAAUCAUGUCCAUUUUGCACUUGUUUUCGGGCAUCAUGGAUGACAAGGAGAAAGAUCAAUUUGGUACUCCGGAUUCGCGAAUGGAACAAAUACAAAGCUGGAUGGCGAGAAAUAUAGUCUCCACGAAAUGGUUCGAAUCUCUCAUCAUGCUCGCGAUCAUCGCCUCGGCCGUUAUUAGCGGAUAUGCCACGCAAUUUUCGCGCUAUAGCGAUGAUCACACGAUGGUAGACAACUCCCCCAACUGGAUUAGAGACGUCGAGUCGACUUUCAUAUAUCUCUUCUUGUUUGAAAUCGUAAUCAAGUUCACCGUAUACUGGGAUCCGCCAGUGAUGACUUUUUUUACCGGGAGACACAAGAGUUGGAACAUAUUCGAUUUAGUCACCGUUCUGGUAGGUUUAGGCGGUGAGAUUGCUGAGCGUGCGUUCGACGAGGCGCAAUCGUUAGCGUCGUUUACAAGAGUCGUCAGAGCGUUGCGUUUGGCGCGUUUGGUGAAAGUCAUGCGUAUGGUCCCGCAAUUGAACAUCAUCAUUCAAUCGUUAGUACUCGGAAUGCUUUCUCUGAUUUACGUGAUGAUUUUGAUGGUGUUUGUAUUUUACGCCUAUUCCAUUAUUGGUGUAGUGUUAUUUUCCGAGAACGAUCCGUUCAAUUUCCGAACCGUUCCGGUUUCCUCUUUGACGUUGUUUCAAGUAUCCAUGUUGGAAGACUGGACGGCCGUGUUAUGGGUGAACAUGUUCGGCUGCGACGUCGAUAAAUUUGGCAUCAAAGACGACGGCGUUUACUAUCACAACCUACAAGAAAUGGAAGAGGAUCCUCCGUAUCCGUGCGAACACCCGAGAAGCAAUCGAACAACCGCGUUUGUGUAUUUCUUCUCGUUUGUGAUUAUCAACGCGUUGGUGUUCGUUUCCGUGUUCAUCGGGGUCAUCGUCAAUGGGAUGCAAGAAGCUACGGCUUCGAUGAUUAUUCAAAUCAACUUGAAACGAAGAACUGAUGCCAUCAAAGAACACUUCGAGGUCGGGAUACAAAAGUUUAAAGAUUUAGAAAAUACGUUUCACUUGAUGAAUUGGAAAGGUCACCAGAAGAUGAAACUUUCGCACGUUGAGGAGCUUUUGACAAAGGUCCAAGUCGAGCACAAACCGGGAUAUUUGCGACGCGUGAUUCAACUGUGGAGCGCUCAGAAUAGGAACUCAGUGGCGAACAAAAUAGUCAUAAGAUGCCACAACGCUAAGAAAGCCGCGACGUAUAGCAUGAAAGAAGGCAAGCUCGAGAGGAUUAGAUCCAUUCCAGGUGGAGAAAAUUCGAAAGCAAAAAAAUCGAUACCGAUGAGCCCGAGAAAGACGGAUACCAACACCGUCCGCAGUCGAGAUCACAUCUCCUUCUCCGAAGGUCUGGAGCAACAAAUUCAAAACGACGACGCGAGCAAAACAUCGAAAAUAGCCAUCGAUUUCCCAGAUUUCAUCUUGCUCGUUUGCUUGUUAGAACAAGCUGAGUUUCUGGAAAAGUCGUACGCGCUCCACCCGAACUCGGGCAAAGAAGGCUGGGAAAGCGAGUCCUCCGUCGUUUCGGACACCAGCAGCGAAAGCGAAUCCGACAACAACGAGGACGAGGACGAAGAGGAAGCCGAGCGCAAACUCCAAAUCCAAAAAGAGGAAUCCAUCCGAAUGCGACUCAAAGCCUACCGAUUAGGAGGACACGAACGCGCGCAGGACUCCUCCAAGUUCCGCAAACCGCCUCCCCCCUCCUUCUCCGGCCAUGGCCAUCCGUCGAAGCGCGUCUUUCGUAAACUCAAAUUAUUGGCGAAACAGUUUCGCGUGCGAGCGGAAAAUACGUUAGUCAACGUCCAAGAGAAGUUGUUCGAGGGGAGUAACCGAGUCAUCGGAGAAAUAAAAGUUUAA